ACGAUGGAGGACGAUCGGAUGAACUCGGAGAAUCAACGGCUGACCGAACACCUCGCAGGUCAGAUAAGCCAGUUGAAAAGUCUCGCUUACGACAUAGAGGAUGAAGCCAAAGAACACAACAGAUACCUCGACGGCAUGGGAUGGAAUUUCGAGUCCACCCGGAACCUCAUGAGCGGGGGUACGAAUCGUAUUCAUAAGUUACUCGGAUCAGGAAGAGGUAAUCGUCGAGUGAUGUGCUACAUCAUCGCUGGAGUCGUGGUUUUCGGACUGAUUUUCUUCUACUUGGCCGGGAGGGUCACGUCCCAAGAAGCCGCGAGGGAUUGAAAUCCGGCACGGGUCUACACGCUACGUUUUCAAGCGCAACUACUCCCUCGCUACUACACCUGCACACUUAACGUGUCCUCCACCGUCAAUAUAUGUAUGAGUAUAUAGUUACAAGGUUAUGCAAAUCAAUCACGCGGUCGAAACGAGUGGUGUUUGUUCUGCGGCAUCGUCUCCAGAUGUCCCUGAGUGGUUCUCACCAAUAAACGGAUAGGUUGUGAUUAUC